UUUUUGCUUAUUGACAACUGAUAUAAAUACGUGCUAAAGAAUUAAGGUACAUGCAGAGAUUCUUGAAGAUCAAUUGACUAGACUAAAUUAACAAAUCGAUUAUCAAUUGAAAAAUCAAGGACAAUGAGUUUCAAGCCGGUUGAACUUCACGAUAAACUCAGUUAUGGUACUAUGACCCUAACUGCUACGCCAGAAUCAAAACCAAUUGAAGCAAAUGUGGAAACGGUUCAAUAUGUGGUUAAUAAGUAUGAUGUUACUUUUGUUAACUGGGGGGAGUUUUACGAUCAGACUCCUGAUGGACCUGCUAAUUUGGUCCUUAUGAAAAAGUUUUUGGAGUCAAAUGAUGAUGAAACAAAUAGAAAGUUGGUUUUUUCAAUCAAAGGUGGUUACAAAUUGGCAGUGCAUAAGCCACAAGGAUCCAAGGAAGGUAUUACUGCGUCAAUUAAGAAUAUUUUGAGCUAUCUUCCUCAAGAUAGGUCUAAAAGACCCAAAAUUUUAUUUGAAGCUGCUAGAAGAGAUUUCGAAGUUCCAUAUGAUAAAACCAUUGAGUACAUUGCUGAUUUCGUGAAAUCUGGUGACAUUGACGGGAUUUCUCUUUCUGAAGUCGGAACUGAAUCAAUCAGAAAAGCCGUUAGUGUAUACCCCAUCUCUGCCGUUGAAUUAGAAUUGUCUUUAACUUGUCAAGAUUUAAUCUAUAAUGGGGUUUUAGAAGAAUUGGCUAAACAGCAAAUUCCAAUUGUUGCCUAUUCUCCAAUUGGUAGAGGUAUUCUUACCGAUUAUACUGUUGAAAAUAGUGAAAGUUUCCUUGAUUCACUCCAUGAAAAUGAUUUCAGACGUCAUUUUGGUAAAUUCCAACCAGAAAACUAUAAACACAAUUUACAAGUGGUUAAGAAAUUGUAUGACUUUGCUCAUAAUAAGAAAAACACUUCUUUGGAAUCAUUAGCCUUAUCAUGGAUCUUGAAACUUUCUGAAUUACCCGAAUUCGAAGGUAUCAAGAAUCUCCCUAAGAUCAUCCCAAUUCCUGGUGGUAGCACUAUCGAAAGAAUCGAUAAAAACUUCGGUAACAUUGUGGAAUUAUCCGAUGCCGAUUUAGCAGAAAUUCAAAGUAUUACCAAAGGUUUUGAAGUUAAAGGAGUCAGAUAUACUGAACAAGCAGAACAUUUACUUUUUGCCUAGACCUUAAUAUAUAAGCUUCUAUAACUGUAUGCCAUAGAUCUGUGUAUACCACAAUAUGAUUCUUCUUAUUUAUGAUUUGACACAUGACACUUCUGUAGCCUUGCCCUUGUUAUUCGGUGAUAAUCAUUUGAAGUAUUUACAUUUCGGACUUGAUAUUUUUCACUUCGCAGUAUUCAAAAGCCAACAGGUUCGUAAUGUUGGCCGGUUUGGGCAAGUGUUUGCCACUCCUUAAGCUCGACUCCACUCUGGAAAGUAUAUAAAGCAACU